UUCGCCGUAGCACUCGCGUAGACCUUGACAUAAAUAGCGUUAUCUUACGCGAAUUUUGUUUCGGUUGUGAAAAGAUUAAGGACUAAGGAUUCUAUAGAUGUUGACUUUAGUGCUGUGAUUGUGGACUGACUUGCAGUUAUAAGAAUAUUCUGGAAGGUUAAAUUCGGAAAUGCGCUGACAAGGAUUUUCCAAAAUGGCCGCGGGCGCGCUUUUAAUAUUGGCGCUUUUCUUUACCGCUGCUGCAGCUAAAUGCACUACAGGCUUCUCAGUGGUGGCACCUGAAGUAGCUGUACCAGGGAAGACCACAGCAAUCCUGGUGACUCUCCACGGCAGGGCUGGUGAUGAGGUGGACCCCCUGAACGUGACAGUGCGACUCGAAACACAGGACUCCGAUAAUGACGUGAAGUUGCUUACAAGCGCUAGCCAGAUGAUUACAGGUUACGGCAUCAUACCGCUCAAGAUACCACCAUCACCGGCGUCAAGUUGCACCCUUCACACCACGGUGGGUUGCGUCAAUGAAGAAUGUACUGCUAAGAGCCAUAGCGUGAUCAAACUGCUGGGCCCAGUCCGGGAUGUGAUUGUGCGACCAGCUAGACACCAUUAUAGACCAGGAGAGACAAUAACCUUCUGGAUCUUGGCUCUGGAUCACGACUUGCGAUUGGUGCGCGAUGAAAUUGCUUAUGUGGCGUUGAAAAACCCAGCGGGGACCAAAGUCGCUAUCUGGGACCAACUGUCUAUGGAAGAAGGGGUCCGUAAACUGACCACCAUCAUAGCAGCCGGCGCGCAAUCAGGCACAUGGACCAUAGAAGCCACGUGCGGUGGUGGUUCCGCACACGUUGACGUCACAGUGGGCUCAGGGACCGGGGCAACGACCCCCGCGACCCCUGCUGCUGAACAGCAUUAUGUGGAACUGAAGUUCGCGGACAGUAUGCGGAGGAGGUACAAGCCAGGGUUGCCGUUUGUUGGUCGGGUGGAAGCAGUAAGUACAGAGAAACGCGUGCGAGUCCGGGUCAAGUUGUAUGAUGACAAAACAGAUAUAUACAGUCAGGACAUCGACAUGUCGACAGGGGAAGGAGGGUUCAUAGUACCCACUGUUAUGGCUGACACACCUUACAUCAAUUUACAGGCGGAAUUGGUAGCGGUGGAGGGAAAAGAAAUCGAGACUCACUACGUGUUAGCGCGGGAACGGAUACGUCGAUGGAAUUCCACGUCAAAGUGCUAUCUGCUUGUGGAGAACUUACCAACUCCUUUGCAAGCUGGUGGCAUAGCAAGCGCAAGUAUAUGGUCGUCGUGCGGAUGUCGGCAACGCUUAUUAGCGGCUGUGACGAGCGGAGGGAGGGCGGUACACUGGGCGGCGGUACCGGCGCCUAACAAUAACCACACUGAUUUAUGCAGGUUUAAUUAUACGUUCCCUGUCACAGCUGAUAUGGCGCCGGUCAGUUCUCUGCUGGUGUAUUACGUCACGGAGGGCGGCGAGCCGGUCAGCGAUGUGGCGAGUUUCCAUGUUCGACUGCUGCAUAAAGAGGUGGCAGUUGCAGUCGAAGAAAGGCGCUGGUGGUACCCGCGGGCGAGUCUCCAAUUACGCGUGCUCGCACCCCCCGACUCUUUGAUGUGUUUGAUUGGAGCCAGGGCCCCUGUGGAUUCGCGCUUCGAUGCUCAUUUGUCACCACCAGACCACGAAGACGCCCCACUCCCAGAAUUCGUAUCAGCGGGAGUAUCUCUCUUCGUGGGUGGAGGUGCUUGUGGGGGGGGAGCGUUGUACCGCCAGCCGGUCGCCGCUCGACCGACCGCACCGCUCGUACCGCCCGCUGCACAUGAUCGACUGUGGAUGUGGAAGUGCUUUAAUUAUACAACACAACUAUCAACGGACGGUGUAACAAUAUCCGCGCCAUCCGAAGCGGGUCGCUGGUCGCUCUGGGCUCUCUCCCUCUCUAGCCGCGGCCUUCGCUUCUCUUCACCCAAAACUAUCAACGUGUUCCGUCCCAUACAACUGGACUUUGCGCUACCACCUGCUCUGAAGGUCGGGGAGACUGUGGAAGUGGAUGUCAAGAUCACGAAUAAUAUCAAUAAUUGUAUGGAUGUGACAGCACUCCUAGCGCUGAGCGCGGGAGCGGCGUUCGCUAGCACGGGCGCGCUGUACGUGACCGAGCGGCUUCGGCUCGGCCCACGCGGUGGCACACAGCUAGUCGUGAGGGUUGCUGUUAACACGCCUGGCAGGAAGAAUAUAACUGUGGAAGUAACCGGGUACAGCGCGGAUAACUGCUCCAUAUCCUACACGUCGUUCAACAACGAGACACUAGUAGGCUCGGUGAUCCGGUCAGCGAGCGUGCUAGUGCUGCCCGAAGGUCUGCACAGGAGCGACACACAGAGCGCUUACUUCUGUGCCAAUGAACAUCUAGCAGUUUCCUCCCGUGGUUCAUACGAAUGGCAGUGGGUAGCCGCGCCUCGCAAUCGCGCGGGGCUUGUACUUGAACUGCGGUCUCGUGGCGCUGCUCAUCUUGCUCUAUCCGGGAUACGGGAACCGAAUGAUGAUAUGUAUAGAGUGGUGUUUGAACGGAACAGGGUGUGGAUCGCUAAGGGGAAACAUGGCUACGACGUGCACCUAGCGCGUGCAGAACAGACCGACCCGGACACUGAAUGCACCUCCAGCACGUGGUGCGCGUUCUGGGUGUGGUGGGAGGGGGGGCGGCUGGCGGCCGGCCGCGGCGCCGCGCCAACAGAGCGCCCGCUGCUCGUGUGGCCGCUGCCCGCCGACAUGCGCGUGCGGUUCGUGGGCUUUAGCGCCAUGUGGGGGGAUGAGGCGGACUUCAGAAUAUGGAACUUCAACGAAGAAGCUGGUUUCUCUCAAGUCCUAGAACUAGGCCUUCCACAUGGAGUAGUUCCAGGUUCAGCCAGUGGUACCCUUUUAGUUUCUGGAGGUUUACAUCUACCAUUAUAUAACCUAGGAACAGAUUCUGCUGACCAAUGGUCAAAUGUGUGGAAAGAUUCACAGCUAUCCGCCGCAUCAGCUAGCUUAGCUCCACUAUUGGCUUUGGAACACAUUCCUCAUCUAAUUGAUGAUGCUGAAAAAGAAAGGAUUCUUAAGAAACUUCCAGAACAGGUACAAAUUCUUCUAUCGUUCCGCAAAAACGACAAUUCAUUCAGCGACCACCCAGCCGUCAGCAGCCACAUCUCAACUAUUAAAAUCCUAGAAAUUCUAACCAAAAUACAAUCUUACUAUCCUAUUGACCCGGUAUUACUACAAUCUAUAAAAACUUGGGUACAAAAACGCCAAAACGCAGACGGUUCCUUCACACCUCUACCAGCUGAUAAGGAAGUUGAUUAUUAUCCUGUGGACUUGAAGAAAAUAAAUAAUACUGAAGCAGAUAUUGAUGUGAACGAAUAUUACUAUUACGAUAAAGAUGGGAAUAUGACCGAAGAGGAGAUCAACGCGGAGAGAACGGUGGAAGUCACUGCAGAGACUUUGACGACGUUGCUUGAAAUUGGUGUUGAAAAUCAGGUAGACGCAGACGUUGCUCAAAAAGCACAAGGCUAUCUAGAGAAGAAUCUUCACAAACUGACGUCACCAGCCGCCCUUGCAGCUACUGUAUUAGCAUUGGUCAUGGCCAGAAGUCCCUUAGUCCCAGAAGCACUGGUGAUCCUCCGUAACGCAUCGACCACUGAGGAGGGCGAGUUCGGUUGGCCCGCGCCAAGGAAGGACGCCGCUGAUUGGCUGCUUGAAGAUACUAAUAGGAAUAUUAAGACUACUUCCUACGAAGCGGUAUCAAUGGAGCAGUACGUGGCGGGUGUGCGCGUGCUGCUGACGGCGUGUGCGCGGCGCAGUCUCCCCGCGGGCGAGGCGGCGGCGCGGUUCCUGUACUACCGCGCGUCCACGCUGCAGCGCCACCCGAGCCUCGCCUACCGCGCCACCAAGGCCGCCGCGCAGUACGCCGCGCUCGCACACGACCGGCACCGUGCGCUAACAGUAUCUCUAGCGACAGCGGGUAUGGAACUAACAGACACUAUAGAACUCCGCGCUAAGAGCCCAGCUCGUGCAUUACCGCUGCCCGGACUGCCUACUAAAGUGUUCGUGUAUGCGACUGGCGCAGGAUGUGCUACUGUACAGGGUACAAUAUCGUAUUCAACGUACACACCCAAGCCAGAGAAUGCGUUACUGAGCUUACAGUCCGCGAUCAUUGAAGAGAUUCGUCCAGAGAGGAGCAGCAUUGAGGACUUGCAAGGAAACCUGCCCGCUUUGAUCAUCAAGACGUGUUUCAAGUGGAAAGCGAAAGAGCCGUCGGGCAUCAUACGCGUAGAGGUCUCACUAUUCUCUGGCUAUGAGGUGCGCGGCGUGUCGCCCGUGGUGGCGGCGGGCGCGUUCGCCUCGCUGCAGCGCGGCGCGCGCGGCGAGGCGGCCUGGUUCGUGUUCACCAAUAUCAGUUCAACAUGCCCGGUAUGCGUCACUUACGAAGCAAGAUCAAAGUUCAUAAUCACAAGUCUGCGCCCUGCAUUUGCAAAGAUCUACCCCAUAUCAAGACCAGACUUAGCCGUCGAGACUUUCUUCCACGCAACUUAUGGCAGCCCACUGCUAAGAGGUAUUACUGAUGACGAUUUUAUCACUUGGUUCGGUAAAUCUGAUGUAGCUAACCAUAAAUCCGCUAAUAUUGAUAAUAUUUGCGAAUGUGGACGCAUUUGCAGUAGAGAUUACGAGUUUAGAAAACCUAGUACAGAGACAACUAAUGAUGAAACGACUGAAAUAAGUACGUCCACAGAAACGUUAAAGGAAGAAACGGAUAUUGAUAACGUUACAACUACAACAACUUCUACUACAAUAAAUGAAAGUUCAGAAGCAGCUAGCUCAACAUAUAUAACAACUACUGCGACUGAAGGUAGUUCUUCAUUUGAAACUACUAUUAAUAAUAUACCUACGGAAGUAACAACACUUAAUGAUGCAAUUAGCUCUACAACUGAAAUUGUUACUACUGAUACAAUAAUUAAUAUUGAAGCUACUACCAAGACAAGUGAUUUACAAAAUUAUUCUACUGCAAAAACUGAUCUACCAAUAUUUACACCAGUUACAAUGGUUAGAAAUUCAUCCAAAGAUAAAGAACUCGACAAUAGCCUUGAUCAAAUGCUUAUUCCUAAGGAAUCUAUUAUUCAAAAGCUUAGCAAAUCUAAACUUUACUUAAAGAAAGGUGAAAUUAAGAAGAAGCCUUUACCGAGAAGGAAAGGUACACUAAAAGCUACAUACGGGGAUAAACAAGAGAAAUUCUUCGCAAAAAUUAAGUCAAUUAUUACCACUACUUCGGAUAUUGGAAGUACCACUGAGAAAAUUGUACAAACUGCUCUGAAAGAAAGUAAUUCAACAGAAAAACAAACGCCAAAUACAACUAAAAGUGUACUGAAACAUGAAACAGAUGAAACACACAUAAGUAGUAAAUCUACUAUUGAGAUUAAUAAAACCACUUCGCAAAUGAAUAUAAUUACUACAGCACCUCACAUAGAAACAACAACAUUACCACAUAACAUAGCAUCUAUAACACGCGCUAACAUUAAAACAAUACAUUACCGAACGAAAAAACCAAAAGCACGAACACAAAUAGCGAAACCAGACAUAAUUAAAGAUCAGAAAAAUACAACACAAAAAUCAUCGUUCGAAAACAAUAAAACUAUUCCAGUGCACGAAAAAAAUAUAACUGAAGUAGAUAGCUCGAUAAACGCGUCAAAAAUAAAACCCUUGAAAUCGAUCAACAAGGAAAUUCACAAGAUUCCGUCAAUACCAAUAUCAGAAACCUCCCAAGCUUUAAUUGAUACAAAAUCAGAUAUUCUACCGGAAAAUAAAGAUGGUUUUGAAAUUCUCGAUAAGAACCAUAUUUGGGAAUUGCUCAAAGAAGACCCGGAUAAUGAUUUUGGUAAAAUUGACGAUAAAAUCCAAGUGCACAAUAUCCUUAACACCUCAAACGUGAAGAGAAGCGACAAUCGGUCAUUAUAAACUUUGUUGUUUAAUAUUUAAGAAAGACUCCUUAUUUUUAUAACUCAUUUAUGAACGAAUCAUUAUAUAAUCUUUUCGAUAAGAGUGAUGUUGUUUUUGUGUUCCUUUUUUAACCUGUAAUUAUGUAAUCAGUAAGUAAUUCUUUUACUUUCUACUUUCAUAAUUUCUGCUUUUCUAUUACUUGUUAAUUGUUUUAAGCUAUUUAAAAUAAAUGCUACCGGCUUUAAAUAAUACUUACUCUGAUUCAAAUUUUCAUUAUCGUGUGCUGAACAUUUCUGUGUAUUUAAAUGUAACUCAAAGCUAAAAUACACUCAUAUAAACACACAAACAGCAUCACCCAUUUCAACUGAUUCCUGGCACAUCCGUUGUUUGUUAGGAUUAUGCACGAAUUCAUUGUAUUUGUAAAUAGUUAAUAUAAGAUAAUUGUGACUUAAAUAAAUGUGCUGUGACGUUUGGAUAGAUGUAAUGAUUCGUAAGUUAAUCUAUAAGAUUGAUGUAACUUUUAAAUUCUGUAAACAGUUCCAAAUUUUAAUGACUGAUUUAAAAAAAAAUACCAAACUAUCGGCUUUACUUCGUAAAUGAGUUGGACAUCAGAAACCGAAGAUAGAUUUUAGUAAAAUAAUAAGAAACAGCCAAGCAGUAGAUGAAAGCUUCAAGCUUGAAAAUUAGAUUCUACGAAAUUAUCGAAGUUAGAAAAGCUAGAUAUUAUGAAUAAAUUUAAAAUGAUGUCGCAAGAUAGUGAGGGCUGGAUUAAACUUUAUUUGUUAAUCAAUGAAAACCAUACAUAGUAAUAUAAGGAUGCAUUGAUAUUUCAUUAUUCAUGAGAUUAUUUCUAUUCAUUAAUUUGAAUUUAACAUCGGCUUUGAAAUCAAUAAA